UGUCUGGGAAACUGAAUUAGGCAUUUCCUCAUUUCUUACACUUGCCAGUAACCAAUCCAGAAUAACACUUAUUCCCAACAAAGAUGAACAAGGAAAUGGGAGGAUCGUAUAGUCUUACUUAAUAAACAGUCUUUGAUCCGCAGCUGAGAUGGUAUCAGGGGAAAGAAGAAGAAGCUAGCUAGCUAGUUAUCUAAUAACAUUGUUGACACCGACUGAGUAGCUAGUAGUCAGUGUGUCAUUUUCGACAUUACCAGCAAACAAUUAAUGUCAAGAGGUUUAUGGGUAUGAACUUCCGGACAGUAAUAGAAUAGGUAACACAAUCAGGGCUGUUGUUUCAUAACCACCUUCUUUUAUUUUACAACUUCCGAAGCUGAUCAGCUGUUGGUAGCUAGCUAAUAUAGUUAGCCUAGCUGUAUAUUUACUGGAUAUUACAGCUAAGCUGUUGGGUAGGCUGUCAGGAUACCUCGGAAUUUGUUUUGUUUUAAUAGCCAGUUAGCAUUAUCUAGCCAAGUCGUUAUUCACAAUGGGGAUCAAGAAAAUUCAUAUCAGUAUAGCGUAUGCCACAUUUGGUAUGCUAGUCGGAUUUUCGGCGUUUCUCGUUUGGAACAUUGUAUAUAAACAACCAUGGACGGGAGCUAUGGGUGGAUUGUCAGGUGUGCUGGCGCUCUGGGCCCUCAUCACACACGUCAUGUACCUGCAGGACUACUGGCGCACUUGGCUGAAGGGGCUCAGGUUCUUCAUUGUCAUCAGCGGCUUCUUCUCCCUGCUGGCUGUGGUGGCCUUCAUCACCUUCCUCUCCCUCGCCAUCACGCAGAAGCAGAGCGUGACUGACCCCAGGAGCCUCUACCUGUCCGCUGUGUGGAGUUUCAUGACACUGAAGUGGGCCUUCCUGCUGGGGCUGUACUCGCACCGAUACCGCAAGGAAUUCGCUGACAUCAGCAUCCUCAGCGACUUCUGAGCGCCCCCUGGUGUGGGCUGAGACACACGGACUGAGGGAGAGCGGGAAGAGGAGGAAGAGGAGGAGGAGGAAGUUGGGACAGUGACAUUGAGUGACUGGGCUUCUGUUCCCACACUCGUACUCUCCAAAGCUGAGAUCUGGAGUCAGGGCAAGACCAUGCUUCUCUUCUUGGAGGACUCUUCCUCCUCUGUUUUUAUUUACGUAGACUUUUUAAGUGAGUGCGCGUGUGUGUGCACACACAUGCGUGUGUGUAUGUGUUUGUUUCUUUGUAUGCGUCAUCACAUGCAUAUAUAUAUAUAUAUAUAUAUAUAUAUAUAUAUAUAUAUAUAUAUAUAUAUAUAUAUAGUCAACAAGAAAACACAGGCAUUAAGGAUGUCUAAUUAACUACAGUAAAUGUACUGGUCCCAAUAAUAACCUUUUCCCCAACAGCCCAACACUACCUGCAGAGUGCUUGCCUCUUUCUAACGACUAAGAGUUCAUGGGAUCCGGAGGAAGCCCAAGAGUGGCUUGUUUUAAGCAGGAUUUUCAAUGGCCUGUUCAUAGAGAGGCUUACAUAUAUGUGGCCCUAUAUAAUGCAGUAGUUUAAUGGAAUCUUUUGUACUAAGGUGAUGUGUGUACAGAGUGUUUUUUUUACUCGAUAAGAAAGGCCCCUUUGAAUAAUAGUCAGAUUAACUUCCUUGUGACACUGGGAAAUAUUCUAAUAUUCUUAAUAGUCUUUCCUGUUGUCACUGGGGUUUAGGUCUCCCUACCUCAUGCAGUCUCAUGUUUUCACCACCGGGGGGAGUUAGCGGAACAUUUUAAACGUCUGUAUCUUGCAUUUCCUGUGCCGUAUGUGUUCAGGUCUUGAGAAAGAGUGCAGUUUCCUGGCCAAAGCAGUGGUCGACACCUGGAACUUCAUCCAUGGCUGCUUGUAAUUGUUUCAUGAGCAUAUAUAUGCACUUUAUUGAUGUGAAUAAAUGAAUGUCGCUUGGGGCCCUUAAUUCAUUUUUAUAUGUUUAUUUUUGACUAAAAGUGACUUCCAGAAAAAUGCUAUAAAUGUACGCGACACAAAUUUUUAUCGCCCCACAAGUUUUCUUCAUCUGUGUGAUGCGCUCUCAAAUGUUUUCUGAAUGUGUCAGAACCGCUACACACUGUUAGCCUAGUGACUUUGUUUGAUCGAUUUAAUGAGUGCAAUAUUUUCAAAAGAGACUGGGGCAACUAUACUACUCUUUUAUUUAUAUAGCGCCUAACACUAGCAUACUCUGCACUGGGAGGCUACCAAGGAAAGGGAGAGAGGAAGAUGGAGUUUUUUUUUUUUUUUAAAUAAAAAAUAAAGGUAAUAAGCAACAAAGGUCGCAAGGUAUGUAACCAAGUUCUGUCGGGUCCACUGAUUCUGUAUCUUUUCAGAUCAGGGUAUUACAGAAGGCAUUAUUUUUGCUAGCAGCCAUUAUUUUCCAUAUUUUAACUCUAGGUAUUUCCAUAGAUGUUUAAGUAUUAGUGCAUGUAUGUUGGCAAUGUUAUUAUUCAAUCAUUUUAAUAUAUUUUAUGCAUUAGCUUGAAGAAUAUAGGUUAGCUUUUAAUCAUGUUUUUAUCAUUUUAUCUGUAGGCCUUUGGUUUUUAAUUAAAUCUGGCUCCCUCUACAUCUGGUCAGUCUCAUUGCUCAAGUCUAAAAUGUGAUAUUGUAAUAAAAUGAACAAUUCCAUUAAAGCAAAACUUGUGUAAAA